AUGACUACGACCACAACGAUGCCGACUGCUAUGACCUCCACCGACUCCACCCCGCCAAUUACCCUCUACGACAUCAAAUUUUGUCCUCCAGUCGCAAAAAACACCUGCGCCCCAAACCCCUGGAAGGCCCGCUAUGCGCUCAAUUUCAAGAAUGCAAACUACACCACCCAAUGGGUCGCCAUGCCCGACAUCGCUAACGUGCGCCGCGCCGUUGGCGCUCCCGCCGGCCGCAAAUUCGCAGACGGCACUGACUUCUACACAUUACCUCUGCUCACCGACUCGACCACCGGCGUCAUAGUCGGCGACUCCUUCGACAUCGCCGUCCAUCUGCAGCGCGUCUACCCAGACGCUGGCGCCGGCGACCUCUUUCCAGACCAAUCGCUCGACUUCGGCUGCCCGGAGCAGGCCGAACUCCUCAUCCCGCUCUCCAAGCGCGCCGACAACGCCUACGAGAAUUACGCGCGGUUCAAUACACAGAUCGACGGGCUGUUCACCAUGCACGUCGGACUGACAGUGCAUGGGAUGCCGUUCGACCCGGAAACCGCGGCCGAGACGCACGCGGAGUUCGUGCGACGCGCGGGGGUAUCGUCGUGGGCGGAUUUCGAGAUCCACGGAGCACAGCGGACGGCGCUGAAGACAGCGCUGCGGGAGGCGCUGGCGCCAUUGGCGGGCCUGUUCCAGCGGGAUAGCUCGGGGCCAUUUGUGCUGGGCCAGCGGGCGAGUUAUGCGGAUUUGAUCGUGGGCGCAUGGUUGCGGAUGUUGCACCGGACGCUACCGGCGGAUGAGUGGGAGGAGAUUGCGGGGUGGCAUGAAGGCACGUUCGGGGCGCUACACGAGGCGUUAGAUCGAUUUGCGACUGUGAAAUAG